AUGGAAACAAGAACAACUUCAACAACAAAAAAUAUUUCUGAAAUGAAGCUUCAGCGUAUUAUUGAACAUAAUAAAAAACUUCGUGAACAAUUAGAUUUACCAAGAAUAAAAGUAUCACAGGCAAGUUCAAUGUUAAUUAAAUACAUUCAAUCUACCAAGGAUCAUUUGGUGCCUUCAGUAUGGGGUACUGCUGGUGCCGCCGACCCAUUCAAUAAUAGAAGUGGUUCUUAUUGUACAGAAUGUGUUAUUUUAUAA